GGGGCGCCAGCGUCCCGGAACCGCCUCCGGGGCCUGGGGGAGGCCGCGCAGCCGUGCGCCCCCCACCUUCCCCGUCCGGACGCGCGCGCCAAACUUUGGAGGAAGAGGGGCCGAAACCGAGGGUGGGAGAGGGAGUUCCCGGCUCGGGGAAAACUCCACAACCCCCAGACUUACUGCACCCAGAUUCACAACUGCCGGGUACACGCGGUUCAUCACUCGAGCCACAGACACACCGCGCACACGCCACACCGACCAGGCACACGCCGCAGACCGAAAUUUACACUCCCGGGAGCGCGGGGUUUGGGAACUUUAGACCAAGGUUGUCCUCCUGCCCUCCAAUAAACCCACGGUCUUUGUCUGCUGCCCCCGCAACCCCCCAGUGAGGAGCCCCCAAAGCGCGACGGGCAAGGGAGGGGCUGCCUUGUCUUUGGAAAGUCGUGGCCCGGAUCCCGGGCCGAAGAGUGGGGAGGGGAAAGCAGACGUUGCAGUCGGUUCUCAGGGUUCAUCAGGAGCGAGUUGGUGUGGAAACUCGGUGUCUGGCUGAUGUGUCUGGGUGUGCGCAGCCCUUCCGGAGGCGAGGCCGGGAGAGGGGAGGGAGUGAUUUCAUAAACUCAGACCGGCGAGCCGGGGUCUGUGAGCAGAGUGGAAAAGGCUGGCAGGCCGCUGCUGUGCUGGACAGCUGGGUGUUGGCAGUGACAGGGCCUGCGAGGGAGGCACAGACCCUACCCCCCAGUCGAUGUGCUUCCUCAGAGGGACUUCCAGGGAGACCGGCUGAGGAGAUGCAGCCCUGAGUGUGUAUGUGUAAGAAACCAGCGCGGUCCUGACGCCUUAUUUAUUUUCCUUGCACCUGAAGUUGUGUUUGCUUUCGGAUGCCCUGGUAUCCUGGGGCCAAGGAUGUGUCAAGGGUUGUCCUGGACCUAGCACAGUGCCUGGCACAUGGCGGGCACUCAACAAAUAGUUGUUUGCUGAGUAAUAACACCAAUAAUUAAUGUUCGGUAAGGACACACUGUGCGCCAAGCCUGGUGGGCCUCAGCCGGAUUGGAAUUGGUCUUCCUGCAGAGGAGGGGACCCUGAGUGGCUCCAGGGAGCCCUGCCUGAUCGGUUUGGAGAAGUGACCCAAGCAGCAUGUUCCCCUGUGCCCUGUGGGCUGGCACCAGUGACUUGAGUCUCAUCGUUGGCCUCUGCUCCCCUAAGAGGGGCAGCACGAAAGUCCAUUUCUGCAUCUAGCUAAGCUGGGCGUGGUGUGGGAUGUUUCUUCCUGGCUCCUGUGGUCCUGGCUGGAGAUGAGUCUCAGGAACAGUCUAGGGGCUGUGUCCUCCAGCAGGGACUUGGCUCCGUGGUGGCAGCAGGUGGAGGGGCAGUCACAGCCCCGAUGCUGAGCAUCGGGUGGGUGUCUCAGCGCCAGCUGGCAUGAGCUUCCCGAGAAGCAGGAACGUCACAUGUUCCCGGACGGGAAGUGCAGGCAGUCUUAGAAAUGAUUGCCUCCUGGCAUGGGAUUGAGAGUGUGCAGGGACGUGGGGGCCACCUGCCAUGCAAUCGCAAAGAAAUGUGUCAUUCCCCACCCUUGCCCCUUUGUGACUAGGUUCAGUGUGCAUUUCAAGCUUCUAAAUGGCCUUAAUGCUGAAGUUAGCAAAGUACAUGGGCAGCACCCAGAACUGUGGCUCCAGGUGGGAGAGGGAGUGAUCUGGGCUUGGCCACCCCCAAUUUCAGGUAGAAUGCUGUAGCCAGUCUCUUCCCAAUAUCACCUUUCCACCUUAAUAAUGUCUUCUGUGAGUCAAGAGCUCGUUAAGCCCUUACAUCCCUAUGAGUUUAGCAUUUUAUCACCAUUUUACAGAUUAGGAAACUGAGGUUCAGGAAAUUUAAGUGACUUAUUUGAGGUCACCCAGCUGGUGAGGGACAAAGCCAGGAUCUGAACCUGGACAGUCUGACUCUGGAGCCCGUGCUGUCUCCACCAUGCCAGGCUGUCUCUAAGGUCCCUACUUGUUCUCCACAGCAGCGGGGAAGCGACACUGCUGCCCUUCUCGCAUCGCCCUGGGCCUCUGACUGCAGUCCUCUUUUUCCACACACUCCGCUCAGGCUAAGCAUGGGCCACAGGAGUCAAUGCCUGGGGCACCAGGCUGCCAGAGCUUCCCUGCCCAUCUGGAGUCAGGGAACAGUGGUGGAUUGGGAGUGACUGGAGGGAGAUGUUGCAGUGAUUCCAGGAGAGAGGACUCUCUGCUCGUCUGAGAAGUGGAGACAAAGCUACCGCUUGUGAACCCAGAUUCACAAGUUUGGGUUUGGGAGAAAUUGCCAGAUAAACAUCCUCAAAUGGAUCCCUGUAUUCCACCCGGCUCACCUGGUCCCUAGCUUACGCAUUCUCACACAUGCCCCAUAGAGGGACAGUGGUUAUCAUCCCCAGUUUACGGAUGAGGAAAUGAGGCUCAGAGAGGUGCAGUGGAUGCGCGAGGUCAGGAAGCCAAGGAACUGCCAGCCAUGCUGCCUUCAGGACACCCCUGCAGGCACUUUGGGGCAGGCGAGUGUUCAGUCUGGUUGGUAUUCUGUGCUCCCCCAAGGGCUGAGAGGUGUUACCCCUGUUGGGGUAGGGUCUUCACUGCUCUGCCCACCCCCCUCUCUGCCCUAAGAGCCUCUGACAUAGGUGUCCAUAGUAUAGGAAAAGCUGGCAACCUUAAAAGGAAGCAAGGAGCAGAGGAUGAGCACUGCCGGGCCAGCGCCUGUUCACCUCCCACAGGAGGCCCACCUUGGUGGGUUCUGAGAGCCUUCACAGUGCUGAGCUGCAAAGAUAUUGCAGCCCUCUCCCCCAUACUGUGGAGUGGACUUGCUGUCCAGGAUGGAAGUUGGGAGACUGGGUGUGGGGAGAAGCUGCCUAUCCCUGCCCGAGAGACGGGGACGGUUUGUCCUUUCCCCCUGGCUCUGUCCCAGUGUCUGACACGUGUGGGUACUUGGGGACGUUGUCAGAUGAUGGGUGAAGUCCAGGGAGGGGCUGUGAGUGCCUCUGCUGAGAAGUGGUAACACAGGGGAGCCAAGGGAAUCUUAGCCGGGAGGAGCCACCCAGAGAGGUCUCUGCCCUUAGUGGAGUCACGCAGGAGGAAAGGAAAACAGCUCUCAUUUUCAUUCGUUAAACAGAAAUGCUUGUCACCUUUUCUUCUCUGAUGCCUGAACAGGUGACAGAAUGCUGCUCAUCCUGCCCUGAGCGCAUGCAUUCCACAGCUGGGCGUUGGGCUGCUUGGCAGGCUGGACAGUUUGUGCUGUGCUUGAAGGCAGACACAUGCAGCCUUGGUCUCCACUGCCCCGAAUCUGGCGGGCAGCUCCUGCACUCCCCUGCCCACUCCCCGCGACUCCCCUGCCAGCAUGGAGGGAGGGGGCAGGCCAUGAGAGCCCCUGACCACCAGUGCCUUCAUGUCCCUGCUUCUAUGCUGCUCCCCUCCACAGCCCCCACCCCACAGAUGGCUGUGUGCUGAGGGGCUGUGAGUUUCUCGGGGCCCUGGGAAAUUGAUCAUUGGGGUUCCGGAGGACUCUCUGAAAAGGACUAGGAGGAAAAGUGUGGAAAAUAAAUAAGCCAGCUCCCAGCUCAGCCUCUCCUGAAUGCCGCAAGUAAACAGCCCUCUCGGAGGCCGGUCUGGGAAGCUCAGUUUGGCCUCCCGUGGUUACACCUGGCUCACUGGCUGCCUUCACUAGCUCCCUCCUUCCUGCCCUCUCUGUCCAGCCCUCCUCCUUGACUUUGGAACCUCAAAACUCAGGGAACACAGCCACUGCUGGCCUGUUCUUGUGCUGUGGGACAGACGCUGGCAGAUGGGGACAGGAGGAGCAUGUGGGAGAAAAGACUGCCCGCAAGGGACAGCAGCUCAGGCCCAUUCCCGCUGCGUCUGAGACCAGGCCAUCCCCGACCUGAAGACGACGAGCCGGGUCCUAAGGGAUGCCCUUGAGCUGAGCGCCCGCGGCCCCACCCUUCCCCAUGGAGAAAGGCCUUGCUUUGCCCCAGGACUGCCGGGACUUUCUGCACAGCCUGAGGAUGAGGAGCAAAUAUGCCCUUUUCCUGGUUUUUGUGGUGGUGGUUUUUGUCUUCAUUGAAAAGGAAAAUAAAAUCAUAUCGAGGGUCUCGGACAAGCUGAAGCAGAUCCCCCAAUCCCUGGUAGAUGCCAAUAGCACCGACCCAGCCCUGGCCUUGGCUGAGAACGCGUCCCUCUUGUCCCUGAGUGAGCUUGAUUCAGCCUUCACGCAGCUGCAGAGCCGCCUGCGAAACCUCAGUCUGCAGCUGGGUGUGGAGCCAGCAGAGGAGGCCGAGGGGGAGGAGGAGGGGCAGCCGCCCAGGCCCGCCCUGGCCCAGCCCCGGCGCCAUGUGCUCCUCAUGGCCACCACGCGCACCGGCUCCUCGUUCGUGGGCGAGUUCUUCAACCAGCAGGGCAACAUAUUCUACCUCUUCGAGCCGCUGUGGCACAUCGAGCGCACGGUGUCCUUCGAGCCGGGAGGCGCCAAUGCCGCAGGCUCGGCCCUGGUCUACCGUGACGUGCUCAAGCAGCUCUUCCUGUGCGACCUGUACGUCCUGGAGCAUUUCAUCAGCCCCCUGCCCGAGGACCACCUGACUCAGUACAUGUUCCGCCGGGGCUCCAGCCGCUCCCUCUGUGAGGACCCUGUCUGUACUCCCUUUGUCAAGAAGGUCUUUGAGAAGUACCACUGCAAGAACCGCCGCUGUGGCCCCCUCAACGUGACGCUGGCCGCCGAGGCCUGCCGCCGCAAGGAGCACAUGGCCCUCAAGGCCGUGCGCAUCCGACAGCUGGAGUUCCUGCAGCCGCUGGCCGAGGACCCCCGGCUGGACCUGCGCGUCAUCCAGCUGGUGCGCGACCCCCGGGCCGUGCUGGCCUCCCGCAUGGUGGCCUUUGCCGGCAAGUAUGAGACCUGGAAGAAGUGGCUGGCCGAGGGACAGGACCGCCUGAGAGAGGAGGAGGUGCAGCGGCUGAGGGGGAACUGUGAGAGCAUCCGCCUAUCGGCGGAGCUGGGCCUGAGGCAGCCGGCCUGGCUGCGGGGCCGCUACAUGCUGGUGCGCUACGAGGACGUGGCCCGCAGGCCCCUGCAGAAGGCCCGGGAGAUGUACCACUUUGCAGGCAUCCCCCUGACCCCGCAGGUGGAAGACUGGAUCCAGAAGAACACCCAGGCGGCCCGGGACAGCAGCGGCAUCUACUCCACACAGAAGAACUCCUCGGAGCAGUUUGAGAAGUGGCGCUUCAGCAUGCCCUUCAAGCUGGCGCAGGUGGUGCAGGCCGCCUGUGCUCCUGCCAUGCGCCUCUUUGGCUACAAGUUGGUGCAGGAUGCCGCCUCCCUCACCAACCGCUCUGUCAGCCUGCUGGAGGAGCGUGGCACCUUCUGGGUCACGUAGGGGGCCUGGGGCUGCGAGCAGCCCUCCUUGUGAAAGUCCUGCCCUGCCUUGCUCACCCCAGGCCAGCAGUGAGACGGCGGCCCUCGCAGAGGGUGGGCGGGAGCCGUGCGUGACCAUGUAGCCCCUCUGCUGUAGAAGUAGGCCCCUAGCCCGCUAGCUUCCCCACCGCGGCCAUGGGCCUGGGGCUUCUCGCUGAGAACAGGACAGUGCCUGGGCCCCUUGAGGGCCAGCAAGCUCAGACUUAAGGGGCUGCGGUCUCCUGAGCAGGUCCAGGCAGGCCCGGGCCUGUUGAUAAGCCUUCCUCGUUCACACUCAUCCAGAAACAUACAUGAAACACACAUAAGUACUGGGAGCCUGUGGCCCAGAGUCCAAAUAUUUAACAACCAGAAGGGGCAGUGGGCACUGACCAGUCACAGUCGGAUCUCCUGCUGCCCUGAGUGUUAGCCUUUCAGUGUCUGGAUUUCUACUCAAUCCAGUGUGGAAUCUAGCUUGGUCUCUGAGGAGGGACCGGGAUAGCCCAGGGUGCCAGAGGAUGGCAUUGGGGUCUUACCAACCAAGAACGAGUCAGUAUUUUCAUAAAUGGGAUAGCUGUGCUGUUUCCUAAUGAAAUCAGUCAUGUAUAGAGCUACAAAACACUCACACAUAUAUAAAGACCAAUGCCCUACACACACACCACGUACACGGACAGAAAAACAUCAUAAAGACACAAAUCCACACACCUAUUGAUACACAGACAGGCUUCCCCUUUGCUUUAUGCCUACAGGGUUUAUUUGUAUCACAUACCUAAAGAGGAGCCUUUAAUUGCAUUUUGGAAUUGCUUGGGGGCAGGAGAAGAAAACGUGGUCACCGGCCAUGACCCCGUUCCCUGGCCGGGUUUGGGACUGAGCGGUGGAUACAGAACUGCCUUGGAUUUUCACGGCUCCCUCCUCUGGCCCCCUCCCGUCCUCACUGCUGGCAGGCGGCAUGUGUGGAGAUGGUGCUGCUGACCCUCACCUCACGUGACUGCAGCCCAAAGGCCCACCCCUGCUUGGCUGGCUCCCCAAGAGCAUGUCCAUGUUUGAAGGCUGUCUCAGGCCUGACUGGCAGAAGCAGCUGUGGUCCCCAGAGGCAAAAGGCAGCUCGUGGGUCCUGCCAUUUCCAGCCAGGCCUCUGUGGGACAGGGCCCAGAAGAACAUACAGAGUACUCUUGGGGGAGAAGUCACAUCAGGAUAACCUCUCCCCUGAGAAGACAGGGGACAGAGGUCAGCCACGUGGUUGGUUGCCCUGGUUACGUGGUUAGUGUCUGAAACUGCUCUUUUAGGGCUCUGGGAAAAGCAUUGCUCAACUCAGGCUGGAUGUUUUAUUUGGGGUUUUUUUUAAGUUAUUUAUGGUUGGUGUCUCGUUUUGUGGCUGUGUUUUUGGUUUUGUUUCUGCAGAAGUGCCACUUGGAAGCAGUCUGUGCUUGAGGUGCCGGGGGUCUGGGAGGACCAGCGGGGAGCAUUCUGGCUUCUGCUGGAGGAGGAUGGGGAGGAGCCUCCCCCAGAAGGAUCAGAGCCUAGGUGGCCAUGGCAGCCCCCAGUGUUCCACGGGCUUUUCUGUUUGAACUGCGUGUGGAACGAAUCUCAGAAGCCACCGGCGUUCUUCACUGAAUGUCCAGAAGCAGCAGAAAUUAGCAGCCCUCAGCCCCUCCCUGAGAAGAGGCCAGAUUUGAAAAUCUCUCUCAGGCCCUAACAUGUUUCCUGGGGGGUCGGGGGCCUAUGACCAAGCAGCAGGUGUCCCCAAAGUAGAAGUCUUUCCCUAUUGCCACCCAAAACUGGGGAGCAGAACUCAGUACCACCUCAGAACUUGCAGGGAGCUGCAACAGCUUAUUAAGGGCUGUUUCUGAUUUCCUGGACAACCUCUAUGUCAUAUCUGUCCUAUUGUCCAACCCAGGGGGCUGAGUUUUGGUUUGAGUAUUAUGGAUGCCAGGGAAAUACAGGAUCCAAGUCCUGGUGUUGCCCUGGAGAGGGGAGACGUGUCCUGGCUGGAAGCUGCAGUUUGAAAAUUUGAAGACCGUGGCCAUCUUGUGGGAUCUGCUAUAAUCAGCAUAUCUGAGCUGCUGGGUCUACAUCACCGUGGGCUUCAGCCAUUCAAGUCUUCACUCUAGGUUUUCCAGUCCAAAAGUAAGUUGUACAGGGAGCUGCCUCUAAUUUGGGGUCCAAAGGGACUCCAACUCUGAAACCUUGCCCCUGGGGCUGAGUGGGACUCGGGUGUUUCUGGCAGGCCCAGAAGUGCUGGCUGCUCUUCCCUAGCUCCUCCCUGCACUCUUCCCCACCUGGGUGGGUGGGUGGGCAAGCGCUUCCGUCCAGGGCUCUUCCUGGGGCCUCUGAGUGUGGACAGCGGACUUCUUCCUUCCUAUGCUUCCAGGGCCAAGGCCUCCAGCCCUGAGCUCAGAGGACAGUACCGAGAAUGGACCUUUGGGACUUCUCAGGACACUGACAAUUUGUACACUACAAGUUGACUUUAUUUAUUUAUUUUGUGAAAAAGAAGAGACAGAAAUACCUUAUUAUUUGCAGGGACUCAAAGCUGUACCCAAAUCAAGAAAAACGAAACAGCAAUAAUAGAGACCAUUCACUCAUUCCAUACACACAAGGACACUCGAAGACGAUUCAGAAUACAAGAAGACAGGACCAAGGUGCAGGAGUCGCGAUGGCCCAGGCUGUUGUUUAAGGAGAUUCCUUGGUUUCCUCCUUUUGAUUUGAAGAUGCACCAGGAAGUCCCUUUCUGCUGUAUUACCUUUGCCCAGGGGUCUGAAACAGGACACAACUCAAGCAAGUGUCUCCUUGGGGCUCAGCAAUGCCCUGAGAACCCUCGGGGUUUGGGGAAGGACGGGGCAGCGGGGCGGGGUGACUACCGACUUCUCGCUCCGCGGGACCUAGUUGGAGACAUGCAUGUGGGGUUUUCAGCAUGGAGCUGGGCCUAGGAAGGUGGUCCAGCUGGGGACUAGUGCCUCCGUUUCCAGCGAGGCCAGCCCUGUUUCUCUGCUCUUUCUGGUUCCACCAGGAGCCGUCCCCUGCACAGCACCCACCUGCCUGGAGACAGAGGGAGCAGCUGCGGCCUCACCUCCACGGGCCGCCAGCUUCCUGGAAUAAGAGGCCCGUUCAGCAAUGAGCGUUUACUCAUUUUCUCUUUCUUCAUGAAGACCUCUUUAGUCUGGCUUAUAUAAAUAGUUCAGAACAGUCCAGACCUCUGUGAGACAGGGAGUGUCCAACACCCACAGGCUGUCGCCACCGCUGCCCGUUCCUGGCUUCUCCUCUGGGCCUUCUUUGUAAACCUUGGAGCAGAUGAGGCCACGGGGGAUCUUCAGGAGUAGUGGGGGUGGGGGGGCAGGAUUCCUGAGUCCCCACAAAGAGCAAAGCAGCAGCAGGUGUGAGCCCUGUGGCUGCCUCUGCAGGUCCUCACCACGUGGUUCUAAGGCUGAGAGAGACACAGAUUCUACCCUUGUGUCUCUUUAUAUGAUACACACACUUGAAAAUAGCUAACUAAACGAACAUAAAAAGAAAUGUUUGAUGAAGAGUUUACUCCCUGUCUGCCAGCACCCUCAGCCUGGGAGCUACUGCCCGAGGCUGGUGUCGUGGGGCGGCUUGCUAAGCGAACCCCCAAGAGCAGAGCGCCCCCACCCAACCCAUCACAAUGCGUCUUUCCUGCCACCUCUGCCGUCUGUCCGAUGAUGGAACGGGUUCUGGCAGGAAGUCAGGGGAUCCCUGUCCCGGAAGGUGGCCACUUGGCCUGGACAGCAGACAGGGGCUGUAAGCAUUAGUCGGUCUGGUCCUGACCCUGAAGGUCUCUUUCAGUCCUGGGUGCCCUCUCUGGCACUAGGGCCUGUUUUAAUUGACCACAGGGCCUGUCCCUUGGUAGCCCUGGAUUAUAAAGGACAGGAGCAGAAGAAUGGAUGGCUCUGUCCCCAAGGCGGUCCCCUCACUCCCAUCCCCAAAGGCUGAAAGCAAAGGCAGGUCUCAGAGGGACAGAUCCUGAGGCCGGGAGUGCUCAGGAGAGGGCAGGGAUGAGGGGGUGAGCAGAAGCCUGUGAAGCCAAGUGGGUCUCGUCAAUCUGUACAAACUGAAAGAAGGCGCAUCCUCUGAAAUCCGAGUUGAUGGGUUUGCUCAUGAAAAUUCCUGGGACAUGGUCCAACCAGACGGGAUGGAGAAGGCCCAGGGUUUCCUGAUUGCAGCCACAUGGCCUCCCACUGCUGGCGGUUUUAGGAAUAAAGCAAGUUGCUCUUUACCUCAAAAGGACAAGCAGAAUGGGCAACUUCAGAUAUCUUAAGAGCUUCAAGAUCCUUUGUUCUCCUGUCCUUUGUCAUUCUACAACCGUGCGUGGGGGACAAAUUAGUUAGAUGUUUUCAAGAACAGCACCAUCCUCACGGGCCCAGCUCGUAUUAUAGACCAGGUAUUUUGUUUGGGAAGUAAAAAACGACCCAAGUAACCUGCUUCCUCAGACUCUGGGCUUGAGCUGGGCACCCCUGAAGUCACCCUCUCAUCUGUGUUGUGUGUUCUAGGCCAAGUUUGCCUGGCUCUCCUGCAAACUCUGUCAUUUGCCAAGACCUCAGCCCUGUGUCAUAUUUCAUGGCCACGUGAUACAGGACACCCCCUGCAUGGCCAUGUGUGGACAUAAGUGUCCGCACGUGUGUAUGUGUAGCAUGCAGCACCUUCUGUUCAGCCACGUAGCUCCCAGCCCCCUUGCCAUCAGUGUCCCAGAUGUCCUUGGUGUGGCAACAAUCUGCCGUCUCCUGGAAACGCAGGGGCUACCCUUCAGAGAGCUGGCGGCCACUGCCAAUCAGGGUCUGCUUUGCAGAACAGAAUGUGAACCCAUCACUUGAUGGCUUACUUGACUUAUUUAAUUAAAAAUGAACACAUGCAAUGAGAAAAAUCUGAA